AUGAAUUUAACAAAUUCUUCCCCAUUUUCUCCAUCAUCUUCAAAAAAUACUUCGAAUACUCAACUACAGAAAAAUCAACAAAAUCAACAACAACAAUCAAAUAUUCCUUCAUUCCCUCAACACUCAUCAGCAGCAGCUGUAUUAGUUCGGCAUACUUUGGACAGUGCUAGUGCUUUACAACAAACGUUGGAUAGACGAAAAACUUUCAGAUGCCGAGGAUCUUUGGGCCCUACAGUAGCUUCAGCUCCAUCAGUAGAACACGAAGACUACAGAACUCCAAAACCUUCAGUUGUCUCUCCUAUGGGUGGGAAAAGCUUUGAUUUUGGGGAAAGAGAGGGAGCUGCAGGUGUCAACUUUUCGGAUUCUAAUGGGCUCAUUAAGGCAAGUUUAAAAAUUUUUUUAAUAAGAAAUUUUAAGUCUUAUUUUUGAAAAUUGUUGGGAAAAAUAAUUUUAAUUAUACGGUCGGAUCCGCUUCAAGGUAGAUAUGAACUCAAUUUAAGCUACGUUCUUGAAAAUUUGGUUGGCCGUUGGUUGGGGACAGGAGUGAGCGCAUUGCGUUGCAUUUUUCACGCUUGCCUCUUGGACUCUUUUUUUGUUUAGUAGCAGGAAUCUUGCCGUAUAAAUUCCCGAUUCCCAAAAAUGG